AUGGCUGAACUUACUUUGCAGAUCUUAAGCACUGAUUCUGUCAGUGGCUGUGUCAUCAGUGAGAUUUUCUUGGGAUAUACCGAUGCUGGUGCUAAAUUCGUGUUUGGUGAAAAAUAUACUGAUCACUUCUUUGCCUUCAAGGUGCUGCCUAUUAUUAUUUUCUUCAGUACAGUGAUGUCUGUGCUAUACCAUGUCGGAUUCAUGCAGUGGCUUAUUAAAAAGGUUGGAUGGAUCAUGCAAAUUACCUUACAGACAAGUCCAGUAGAAUCUUUAGUUGCAGCUGGCAAUAUAUUUGUGGGAAUGUCGGAGUCUCCUCUCAUGGUAAAACCAUAUCUGCCCUAUGUUACCAAGUCUGAACUCCAUGCUAUCAUGACAGCGGGAUUUGCCACCAUUGCUGGAAGUGUUUUAGGAGCAUAUAUUUCCUUUGGGGUUUCACCUUCCCAUUUAUUAACUGCUUCUGUGAUGUCUGCACCAGCAGCUUUAGCUAUUGCUAAACUCUUCUGGCCUGAGACUGAAAAUCCCCAGAUAAAUGCCCAAGAGGGUACAAAAAUGGAAAAAGGAGAAGCUAGGAACCUGUUGGAAGCUGCCAGCCAAGGUGCCAGUGCUGCCAUCCCCCUGGUAGCCAACAUUGCUGUGAAUCUGAUUGCCUUCCUUGCUUUAUUGGCCUUCUUUAACGCAGUCCUGUCUUGGCUGGGGAACAUGUUUGACUACCCACAACUGAGCUUUGAGAUAAUCUGUUCAUAUCUGUUUAUGCCAUUUUCUUUUAUGAUGGGAGUAGAUUGGGAAGACAGCUUUAUUGUUGGUGGGCUGCUUGGUUACAAGACUUUCUUCAAUGAAUUUGUGGCUUAUGAACACCUUGCAACCUUGAUUAAACUAAGAAAGAAGGGAGGAGAAAUGUACAUCAGUGGUGUGAAACAGUACCUGAGUAUACGAUCUGAAACAAUUGCCACUUACGCGCUUUGUGGAUUUGCAAAUUUUGGUUCGGUGGGCAUGAUACUUGGAGCACUAUCAUCCUUGGCUCCCACCAGGAAGAGAGAUAUCGCAGGGGCAGCCUUCAGGGCCAUGAUUGCUGGCACUGUGGCCUGCUUCAUGACAGCUUGUGUUGCAGGUAUAUUAUCUGAAAAUCCAUGUACAACAUUAUUACAAAGCAACUUCAAUGCAAAUGACAAUAGCACCGAAAUAGUUGCCUGCUGCUUAAACCUCUUUAACAGUGGCAACAGUUCUGCAGAGGUCUUCCCGAAGUCUAACAGCGGUUUAAGAGCCUUGCACCAAUGUUGUCAACUUCUGGGCCCAUCCAAGGUUAAUUGCAGCUUGGUCACUCCAUUAUCUUAAGCUGUUGAAUAGGAUUCAAAUUGAU